ACGCGACCUUUUUCCAGAGACCGCGCCAACUUCCUCAAACAACGCCACCUCAUAGCCUCACGCCCGGGUCUCUCUCUCUCUCAAAUCUGAAAAAAGCUUUUAUCAAAAUUAAGAAAUUCUCUUUACUCCAUUAAUUAUUCCUCUCUCUUUUUUUUAAUAAAAAUAAAAAUCAAACACUAUAAAAAUCGCACCACUAUAUUACUUCCUUCCUCUCUCAACAGAACACCAUUUCUUCCUUCUUCUCUCCAUAGAACACACACAAAAGUGAUGAUAACCGUUUCCUUUUGAUCUCUCAAGAAAAAUAAGAAUCACCUUCUUCUUCUUCGGUUUGUGCGGAAAUGGCGGGAAAUGACUGGAUAAAUAGUUACUUAGAAGCGAUACUGGACGUUGAUCCAGGAAUCGACGAUGCAAAAUCGUCUUUGUUGCUCAGGGAGCGAGGUCGUUUUAGUCCUACUCGGUAUUUUGUUGAGGAAGUUAUUACUGGCUUCGAUGAGACUGAUCUCCAUCGUUCCUGGCUUCGUGCUGCGGCGAUGAGGAGUACGCAAGAGAGAAAUACUAGAUUGGAAAAUAUGUGCUGGAGGAUUUGGAAUUUGGCUCGCAAGAAGAAGCAGCUUGAGGGCGAGGAAGCUCAAAGGAUAGCGAAACGCCACCUUGAACGUGAAAGAGGUCGCAAAGAGGCAACUGCUGAUAUGUCGGAAGAUCUGUCAGAAGGAGAGAAAGGAGAUGUGCCUGGUGACCUUUCAGCACAUGGUGGGAGUGUUAGAGGAAGAAUGCCUAGAAUAAGUUCUGUUGAUGUGAUGGAGAAUUGGGCUAACCAGCACAAAGAAAAGAAACUUUACAUUGUGCUCAUAAGUCUUCAUGGCUUGAUACGUGGUGAAAACAUGGAGCUUGGUCGUGAUUCAGAUACAGGUGGCCAGGUCAAGUAUGUAGUGGAGCUUGCAAGGGCCCUGGGGACAAUGCCAGGGGUUUAUCGGGUUGAUUUGCUGACAAGACAAGUAUCGGCUCCAGAUGUGGAUUGGAGUUAUGGUGAACCAACAGAGAUGCUGAAUCUAAUCAGCUCUGAGAAUUCAACUGGGGAGCUCGGUGAGAGUAGCGGUGCUUACAUUAUUCGAAUACCAUUUGGCCCGAAGGACAAGUACAUAAGAAAGGAACUCCUCUGGCCUUACAUUCCAGAAUUUGUAGAUGGUGCACUAGGUCAUAUUAUGCAGAUGUCUAAUGUUUUGGGAGAGCAAAUUGGUGGUGGAAAUCCAGUCUGGCCUGUUGCAAUUCAUGGACAUUAUGCUGAUGCUGGUGACUCUGCUGCUCUUCUCUCCGGAGCUCUAAAUGUUCCUAUGGUUUUUACUGGACACUCACUUGGGCGAGACAAGCUUGAACAACUUAUGAAACAGGGACGGCAGUCAAGGGAAGAAGUAAAUGCAACGUACAAAAUAAUGCGGCGGAUAGAGGCUGAAGAGUUAACUCUUGAUGCCUCGGAGAUUAUUAUAACUAGCACUAAACAGGAGAUAGAAGAGCAAUGGCGCCUGUAUGAUGGCUUUGAUCCAGUACUAGAGCGCAAACUUAGAGCAAGGAUCAAACGAGGAGUGAGCUGUCAUGGCAGGUUCAUGCCUCGAACUGUUGUGAUUCCUCCUGGAAUGGAGUUUCAUCAUAUCACUCCACACGAUGGAGAUUCUGAUGGAGAAGAAGAUAAAAACAAAGAUCAUCCUGCGUCUCCUGAUCCACCAAUUUGGUCAGAGAUAAUGCGUUUCUUUUCCAAUCCCCGGAAGCCUAUGAUACUAGCUCUUGCAAGGCCAGACCCAAAAAAGAAUAUUACUACUUUAGUCAAAGCAUUUGGAGAAUGCCGCCAGCUAAGGGAGCUUGCCAACCUAACAUUAAUAAUGGGAAACCGUGAUGAUAUUGAUGAAAUGUCAGGCGCAAAUGCCUCUUAUCUUCUUUCCGUUAUCAAGCUUGUUGAUAAAUAUGAUCUAUAUGGUCAAGUGGCUUACCCUAAACACCAUAAGCAAUCUGAUGUUCCUGACAUUUACCGUCUUGCAGCCAAAACAAAGGGUGUGUUCAUUAAUCCAGCUUUCAUUGAGCCAUUUGGACUUACUUUGAUAGAGGCAGCAGCUUAUGGUUUGCCUAUUGUUGCCACAAAAAAUGGUGGUCCUGUGGACAUUCAUCGGGUGCUUGACAAUGGACUGCUAGUUGAUCCUCACGACCAACAGUCCAUUGCUGAUGCUCUUCUCAAGCUUGUUUCGGAUAAGCAGCUGUGGGCAAGAUGUAGACAGAACGGACUGAAAAAUAUCCACCUUUUCUCAUGGCCAGAGCAUUGUAAAGCAUACCUAGCUCGGAUAGUCAGUUGCAAACCCAGGCAGCCUCAGUGGCAGAAAAUUGAAGAAGGAUUUCAAAAUUCAGAAUCAGAUUCACCUGGCGAUUCGUUGAGAGACAUACAGGAUUUAUCUUUAAACUUGAAGCUAUCAUUGGACGGGGAAAAAAAUGAAAGUGGCAAUCUUGAUAAUUCUUUAGACAAUGAGGACAAUGCUGUUGAUGGAAAGUACAAGUUAGAAAACGCUGUUCUGACAGUUUCAAAAGGUGCUGGAGGAGGCUUACGGAAGGAUGGAGCUAAAGAGAGAGCAGAUAACAAUACUAGCAGUAGUAAAUUUCCAUCUCUGAGGAGGAGGAAGCACAUUUUUGUCAUUGCUGUUGAUUGUGAUACGACUUCAGAUUUUCUUGAAAUCCUCAAGAUGGUUGUUGAGGUGGCAAAUGAAAAUUCUGCUGGGUUGAUAGGAUUCAUUUUAUCAACAGCCAUGACCAUAUCUGAGAUAAAUUCUCUUCUGAAUUCAGGGGGCUUGAACCCAUUGGAUUUUGAUGCAUUUAUUUGUAACAGUGGUAGCAAUCUCUACUAUCCAUCUUCAAACUCUAAUGAUUCUGGACUUCCAUUUGUACUGGAUUUGGACUAUCAUUCACAGAUUGAAUACCGUUGGGGCGCAGAAGGUUUGAGGAAGACUUUGGUUCGUUGGGCUAUCUCUGUUAAUGAUAAAAAUGGACAAGGAAAGGUUGUUGAGGAAGAUGAACCCAGGUCGUCUUCAUAUUGCUUUGCAUUGAAAGUGAAAGACUUAUCAUUGAUCCCCCCUGUUAAGGAACUUCGGAAAUUGAUGAGAAUUCAGGCUCUUCGAUGCAAUGUAAUUUAUUGUCAACAAGGUGCCAUAAUAAAUGUGAUCCCUGUGCUGGCUUCUAGAUCCCAGGCGCUGAGGUACCUAUAUGUUCGAUGGGGCACGGACUUGUCAAAUAUUGUGCUCUUCACAGGAGAAUGUGGAGACACGGAUUAUGAAGGAUUACUAGGUGGGCUUCACAAGACUGUUGUCCUGAAGGGAGUUGGCAGCAGUUCGCUCAAGCUUCAUGCUAACAGAAGCUAUCCUCUGGAAGACGUUACGCCGUUUGACAAUCCCAACUUUGUCCAAGCCAGGGGAUGCAACGCCGAGGACAUAAAGGAAUCUUUGGAGAAGCUAGGGAUUCUUAAGGCUUAGAAGAAUUGUCUUUCUUCGAUCUGCCAAGAUAGAGACUUUUCCUCCUCUUUAAUUGCAUGGCUCUCUCCGAAAUCCCCCCAGCCACCCUCCUCCCUUCGAAGCUUCAUUUCAUCGAAAUUGCCUCUAGCUUCGGCGGCCCAAGUGUUCCUUGCACGAGUCCUGCCGUGUGAACCCCGUGCUUCAUUUUUGUUUCCCUUAAUUCUGAGAAACAGUUGUAGUCUGCAGCCUCAUUGCACUUCACUGGUUCUAACUUCUCUUCGCUAGCUUUGGCAUCCUCCUGACCUUGCUCUUUUCGGCUCACCCCAUGCCCCCAUAACUAGAGUUUUGCUAUUCUAUGUGGUUUGUAUAAACAUAAAGUCGUUCUCUCCAGUUGUUUUGUUUAAUUCUCA